GCAACGUAGCACAUUACAUGGGGGAAAAUAUUUAUGCGAUUAAAAGGCGGGAAAAUCCCUGAGAAGCCAUGAUAUCUUUCAGGCACACCCUUGCAGGUUUCAACUUUCUACGAAUUCAAAAGCAAGUUUUUACUAACACUACCUCUUAAAAUCAAUUGGCCAUUGCUUUUCUUCUAAUUUCGAAGAAAAACUGAGAAGGGACGAGGAGAAAAAGAUCUGUCGUUUGUUUCUCCACCUGGCAGCUUGAAUUUGGGUUUUGGACGGAAUUAAGGAAGAAAUGGUUUGGUCGCAUCCAGACAUAUCCCUGGAAGAUCUGUUGAACUUGAUUAAAGGGUUCGUGGAUAUAUUGAUUAUGGCAUCUGGGUACCAAUCAUCUGGUCUUCCUGCUGUUUGGGAUGCCCAAAAUAUGAGGAAAGCCAUGCAAUGGGGUCUGUUCUUCGAAGAUGUUUUCAGUCGCCUAAGAGGCGUAGGUGAUUAUCAAGACUCAAUGAAAGAACUUGAUGCAGCUUUGCUUGCGAUGACAUCAAAUCCUUAUUUCCCUCAGGGUAUUGCAAAUCUGUCAUCUGCAAACCUAAGUAAAGCUAGAGAAUUCGUUCUUCAACAUCUAUUUCAUGCCCUACCAUUAAGAGAUGCACAUCUCAGCACUCUUAUGACUGCAGCUGUUGAGAUGGAUCUUAAUGAUCUUAAGGAAAGAGAAUAUGACUGCCUUAAUGUGUAUCUUGACAAAUUGAAGCUGGAAAAUACAUCAUUAAAUUUGGUUACAGAAAUGAAGGUUUCUGUGAACAAUUCAAUGAUUUCCCAUCAUAAUGAUCAUUCACCAUGUCAUGCCCAAGCUCUGUGUGGUUCAGUUUGCAAUCCUUGUGCAGCAGAAGAUAGUGUGGAUCCUGGAUCCCCUCUCAUUGUUUCAAGUCCUAAGCUAAAUGGAUGCCAUAGUGCUGAUUAUUCUAAGCAAAUCAUUCAAGAGAUUUUGAAGAGGCAGACUGCAGUGUCAUGCAUAUCAUCAAUUGAAAUGGGCUUGAAUCUACUAUCUGAGUCCUUAUUGUGUGGAAAAUGUGUUGGCUCUGAUUGUACCCGGUUGGACAAACGCUUAAACUGUGAUACUUCUCAACUGGAUGAAAGUCUGUUGGUUGAGUUUGUUGCAUGGAGCCGGUGGAGAUCAAAGAACCUUUCUUAUUUGCUUGACAAGAAAACUAUCAGAAUGGUAUCAGGUGCCAAUUUGAUUUUUUCUGCUCCUAAGGUUCAAUGGCUUCAGGUGUUUGAACGACUGCAAAUUUCAGCUGAAAACCGUGAUAAUGUUUUACUUGAAAUAACUGAGCUCUCACUAUUAGGGUGUAUUGCAAACAGAUGGAAUUGUCUAGUUGAACACCUCAUGUCUGUGUCUUAUUUCCCCCCAACUAUCUCAAAGCAAUAUCAUGAAGUGCACAAUUUGCUCCACGGAGGAUCUCGAUUGCUGCAUCCUAAAGGGGAAAUAGAGGAAAAUGGCAUAAUCGAUCAUUUGACAGGGUUGUUAGGUGGACAACUUCACCAUUUAUGGAAAUUAUCACCAAUCCUACCUGCGGCUGCAGUCCCUUCCUGGUCGACCCUUUUGAAAUUGUAUUUGAACGAAAUAGAAGCACAGUUAAAAGGAAAUUCUUCACUGAUUAGAUGCUGUAGUUGUAUCCAAGAUGGGAAAGAGCACAAAGAAUGUGAACUUGCUGAAAGGAUUUGGUGCCUUUACAUCAUUCACAUUCGUGGUUCACUGCCAAUGAAUAGCAUCAGUAGUACUUGACUUAAAUAUCCAAUCCUCACAUAUUCUAUUAACUGGAAAUUUACUUUUAUGUGGCUUUUACCUGGAAAAAAGUGGAGCCUAGGAACGCUUGCUCCAGGAACGUUGGGUCUACUAUCAGCUGCUCCUCUUUCUUUGCUGAAGGGAUGGAGAUCCUCUAGUAUGCAACUGCAGGCAAAGUACUUGCGAAGGGGGCCAGUGCUUGUACUCCUCUACAGACAGCAGCUUUGAUUCGUUUUGGAAGAAACAAAAGAAUAUAUAGAUUUAUACAUGUCCUAUUCAAACUCUCCAUGUAGCCCCAGAAAGUGAACCUCCAAAUGAAUGGGUUAAAUUUUCCUCAGGCUUGAGCCUCUGGAGAUUGGAGAGUUAGCACACUGUGAUUUAUGAGUUGAAACUAUUACUAUUACCUAAUCAUCUUUUUUAUAACUGUUUCUUUUCCUCUCCCCUUUGGAUCGGUUAAGCUUCACCAGUACUAAAUCAUGCUUUGGACUUCUGUUGAUUUUUUUUGUCAGUAAAUAUUCAAAAUACUAUGUUCUCCAUUGAUGCUUUUCUAUAUAAAAGUGAGAAUGUGAGAUCUUAUUCCUUUGUCCAGCUUAAA